CACAGAAAUUGAGUUUAUUGAUGUGACUUUAAAGCGUCAGUGUUGUGGCACCGCCCUGUCCGUUGUUGUGACCGUGUCGUCUUUUGUAAAUCCAUUAAAACUGUAUAACGUGAGGUGUGCCUCACAUGUGGGUCGAAAAAAGGGUAGAAGCAUUAUGAUGCUGGAGUCGAGCGACGAGUACACAUGCAUGGAAGUACCAUCAAUCCUACACGAGCUAUUUCACGUUGUGGGAAUGACUCAUGAACAUAUGCGUCAUGAUCGGGAUAGAUACAUCAAAGUACUUUACAAAAAUAUCGAUAGAAGUAGGUUACCUUCUCCUUUUUUAAAUUGAAU